UUUCCGCGCGUGUUUCAAUGCGUAAACACACACCCCGCUGAUAAUCUCGAAGGUUCAGGCUGACACACGUACGUCUUGUCAGUCCUGUCAUGUCCUGCAUGAGCGCGGUGUACUCGCAAAUAGCGACUUUGUUCUUGGAGUACGAUGAAAUUCUUUUUAUUCGACACAGAGUCAUUCGCGAAUACGCCAAGACCACGGUCGGGACCGAUUUCAUUCACACACUGCCCACUUUUCUAAUCUUAACAGCCGUGAUGCUCGUCCUGUGGAAGAAUCCCCCGUCCUCCAUGUGGCUCAUGGACUUCGUAGGUGUGACAUUCGUUUACAAAGGCCUUCAGAUAUCGGUUAGUUGGGUCACGAUUAACGCAAUUCUAUGGCUGUGGCUGAUUCUUCAGAGGGUGCUCUACUGUAGCAUCUGGCAGUAUUGGAGUUACGAAUCUGAAUAUCGAGAUUUUUGUUAUCCAUGGUGGCAUCAAGUCUGGUCCUCGUACUAUCCCGCACCCGAAAAGCCACCAGUCAUGUCUUCUGGUUUUAUCAGUUGGAUCAUCGCGAUGUUGAUUGCGCUAACCACCUUGGGAUGCGCGAUUUUCACGGAUCGUUUGAAAACUUACGUUAAAGAAACUUCAAGUAAAAUUCAGAAUACUCUUGUAGUAGUGAAGGCGUAUACGGAAUGGACACGAAAUAGAACGCAAGAGAUACUCACGAAUCGCGAGAUAAACGACGCAAUGGAUGAAAGCGAAAUCGGAUCAAUAUGCGACGACGGUCGGUCGGAAAUAUCGAACGAAGCGAUAAACAGCGAGGCACGAGGAGACGUACAUCCGAUCUCAUGGGGAACGAAUUGGAUGCCACAACCGAAUUCCUCCGUAGUCAAAGAUGCGCAGCGAAAACUAUCGAUAAAAUCUCUUCACACGGUGGCGGGCGCAAAUGACGUUCAGGAUUCCGAUAAGGUCAUGGCAAAACAAGUGCGUUAUCGACGGAAUUGUCACACCGUUAUACCGAGCAAUUCCAGUGAGCAAUCGAGUGGGUGUUGAAAAAACACAUGUGUCAAUGUCUCUGCCACGUCGCAGUUAUUAAACAUGUUUUUGGACCAUAAAAAUACAAGAAAAUUCCGGCAACAUCGUCAAUUUCGUAAAUGAGUCUCACUAGAGUAAAACAAUUGCAACGGCAUUUAUGUAUCGAUAAGAUUUGUAUUUUUUUUUUUUUUUUUAGUGUCUAUUCUGCGCGUAAAAUUUUCUACAUAAAAAUAUAUUUUUUAUGUUCUAUUUUAUUAUUUUUUUAAAUAGAAACGGGAUUAUAUGAUUUUUGUUUUACAUAUUCCGAGAUUUCGGAGAACGCGCGAAAAAUACGCGAAUCGAGUGCAGUAGUUACAUUAAAACAUCGUGCGUUUACACGAAAAAAAGGCUUGCUAGAAUAGCAAGAAGAUGAAUUACUAUGUAGUCAGCAAGAAAGAUUUGCUAAGCUCAUUAAGAUUUUUGUUUUGUUAACAAAAAUAAAACGUUUUGUUGACGAAACAAAACAUUUAGUAGACUUAACAAAUUUUUCUUGCUGGCCAUAAAAUAAAACUUUUUUUCUAUUACGUAUAACGCAAAGAUCAAAGAUGCUCUUGAUAACAAUUAUAU